UCUUCCAUCACGAAUCGGAUUCUGUGAACGUUUGAGGAGACUAGAUUCCCUAGGCUUCUCUCAAGUAGUUUUGAGCAAGCGCACUCCCUUGGGCGCCGCUAUAUAAAGUGAGGUGGUUCCGAGCAAUUGAUACCAUUCGCUCUUCAUUCACCCUGAUGGAUCUUUCUCUACACUUUCAAUCUGGUGUGGUGUCGUGCUGUCUUUUGAUUUUGUGGUUCAACCAUGGUGAGGUUGAGGCCAUCAGCCAAUACUCCUUUCAUCGUCAAGUGAAGCAGCUACCAUUCCGGGUUCUAAAGCAAAAAAUGCUCCCAUACAUGAACCAAGACAUUUCAAGGCAACCCUUUGAAUCACCUGAAGUCUCGAUUACGCCCAUUCAUGACCCUGACUAUUGGCUCGUUCAGAAAUUCCUGAAUCAAGUCAGAAUUUACAGAGACGGUCUAACUCCAAGGAUUCUCGAAGAUCCAACCUUUCGAAAAAUAUUGAGGUUGUCAUAUUUGAAAGGACAAAGCAAAAGGAAGGCUGCUAUUGCUCCCAAACCUAAGCCGAAGCCGAUUAAAACGUCUCCAACUCAAACCAAACGGCCAUUGUCCAUGUUGUACCCGUAUAAUCGAAUCUUUCACAAACUAUUCUAAAGGCGCUUUAUAACUUCCAUGGCCAGUUAGUGGUCUGAUGGAGUAAGCAGGUUUCGUUCCUGUAGUACAUCUAUAAGUUCUGGGGAUGCCUUUCCAGCUUAAGAAGAAGCGAAAUCCGACGCGGGUUCAGCCAAAAAUCAAAGUCCAAUUAUUUCACAAUGUGACAGCCUUCAAAUAAACACAUAUGUUGAUAGAUAUAUCUAAUGAUGAUCCCCGUCUCCGAUUUUGAAACAAGCUACAACCACUCUUUGAGAGUUAUAGUCGUAAUUCAGAGCUUUGAGCAUUCACCAAUCAUUUUCUGUACUUAGGGACGCUUGGCUUUGGCUCGAAUCUCUGGCUGAAUGAGU